UCUUACGGAAAAUCUGAGAAAUUAGGAAACGGAUUUAAUUUUUAUUUUCAUAAUUUCACUUAUUCCUGAAGAUUCCGGAUUAAACGUCUAUUUUUCUCUUAACACAGGGUAAUCAAGUAUGAAGAGCAGAUAUUUGACGUCAUUGUAUGGCAUUUGUUUAAAUAUAAGUUUAUAUAUUUGUGUGUGUAAUUAAAAAUAAUAAUUCGUAUCCAAAGCAUGUAAACAGCAUCAUUUCAACACGCUCACGUUGUCGUCUGCAAUAUACUAUUUCUGUGUAAGUAAUACCUAAUUAUUUAUGGUAUCGAUAAAGAAUCGGUUACUACGAGUUCCCGAUAAGAUACUCAUUAUUACUCCAUUAGUACCUAAUUAUAACCGGUCACUGAAAAUAUAACUCUAGAUUUAUAUCCAAGUAAAUUAGUGUUAUCACUAACUCGCGAGUCCUGUGUUCGGUUAAAUUGUUAUUUAAAAUGAUAAUAUUAAUUAUAUCGGCAUUAAUUCCAGCAUUAUUGUUGCUGGUUGUCUUUAGAUUUGCGAAUAAGAGACGGAAGCCGGCGAUUUUUGGAGUGUAUCAAUUACAAAAUAAAAAUUACUACUUCAAAUUUGUUUUAGUGUAUAUAUUUUUAAGAAUAAGGCAGCUCGUUAGUCACUUAAAGCGAUUAUUGGAAAUAGAAUUGGGUCGCAGUGCGGACGGAAUUGUGCACGUUCAACGACAAGAUGCAGUUUUGGAACAAAAGUAUUAUCUUAAUGAUCAUGCACUGGCAGUGGACGCAAUUUAUUUCAAUGGAAUGUCAAAAGAAGGAGACGCAAUUAUAUGUGGGGUAGCGCGAAGACCUGGAAAUGUUUGUGAUGCAUUUUUAUAUCUGAAGAUAAAAGGAGAAGAACUAUUAUUGUCACCAAAUCUACCAGAUACAUAUCUGAAGCAAAAAACUAUUGAGGAAGGGGAGUACAGUGUAGAGGGUAUAGAACUGAAAAAUUUUGUUCCUAUGAGAACUUGGGAGCUGAAAUUUAAUGGAGAAAUGAAACCUAGAAAUGAAACAGAAAAAAGAGCAGACGUACAAAUGACCCUUACAUGGAGUGCACAAUGGGCACCUUUUAACUAUGAUAAGCAAAUAUCACCACGGUGCUUAGCUAGCAGCAUGGCUAGGGAGCCGUGGUCACGAGACUAUUUUAAUUUGCUAAAAAGGUUACAUCAAACUCAUUACGAGCAAAUGGGUUCCAUUAAAGGCACUGUAUCAAUAAAUGGAAAUGAACAUAUUUUGGACGUGCCUUGUGUUAGAGACCACACUUUCGGUCGAUUCCGAGAUUGGCGUACAUUCCACCGAUAUGUAUAUCAUUUUAUAUUCCUUGAAAAUGGUGAUUGUGCUGCUGUCGGUAACGUGUGUCAACCAGCAGUUUUAUCUAACUUAACGAUUGGUUACUACUGUCGUCAAUCCGACCAGAAAGUAUUUCCAAUAGAUUCGUGCGACUUUCAAUUGUAUCAACACGGAGAGGAUCAGAUCCUGCCAAAAGAUUAUGGAUUUGUUUUCGAAGCUGGUUGGGAAUUAUUUGCCGUACGUGUGAAAGUCGAUGACGAAGAAACCUUUUAUAUCGGCAAAGAUAGGGAGGCAAAGUUCUACGAGCGCUGGUCUACUGUUGAAGUGAACGGUGUUAAGGGCUGGGCCUGUGUUGAAUGGCAAUACAACAACGUACAAGCAAAAAAUGUAACUAAAAAUGUAGAGUAAAUGUUGGUGUUCGAAAAAUGCACUGUAACUAUUGAAUACCCAUUAAAUAUGUCAAGUAUACAUAUUUAAUUGUGUAAAUUAUGUUAUUAGGCAUAGUAUUGCUCCUAAUUGGCUAAAAUAUUGUAUUUAGUUUUUAUAGAAAUCGAUUUUCUUAUAAAAAUACUUUUCAAGAAACAGUUCAUAUAGUCAUUUGGAUUGCAAAUAUCACGCGAUAAAAGGCAGUAAAGCUCGCCAUUAUUAUCACUAAUGUUCACGAAAUUCAAUUUCGUCUCCACAAUACAUGUUUAACAGGUAAAUAAUACACAAAUAUAGCGAGGAAAGUUAAUAAUAUUUAGCGUAACAAUUCAUGUAACUUAACUAUUAACUUAUAAGUACUACACAGACUAGCAAAUAAAUUAUACUUUUAUAUUUUUAUAAAGAAUACAAUUUGCUUUAAACAA